UUUAGUAUUUACAUAAAUGCGAUUAUUAAAAUUUAAAAGAUAAUAAAUAUCAACAACGUUUAAAUGUUUGUUAAUCAUUCAUAAACCGAGUGUAUGAUGUAUGUAUUAGAUUGGUUAUUGAAUUUCAUUCGCCGUGUUCUAGACACGAUAUUCGCCAGGCGCCUCACAAAUUCGCUAUUGAUAUUCGUAAAGACCAACACCGGUACUGUUGUACCUGUAGGACUGGAUUCGAAAUGGGAAGUCCGAGACGUCAAAGAAUUUGUUGCCCCCAAACUGGGAAUGGCUCCUGAAGAGUUGAUAAUCAUAUUUGCCGGUAAAGAAUUACAAGACUCAGAGUUAUUGGAAGAAUAUAAUCUUGCAGAACAGACUGUGUUACAUGCCGUCAAGUCUAGACACAGAUCAUUUAAACGCAAGCCACGUGUAUCUACAUGUAUCGAAGAAGACGAAGAAUUUAAUGACUCAAAACGUGCAGCUGUAAACUUUUAUGUUUAUUGCACUUCACCUUGUGCUAAUAUAACUAUUGGCAAAAUCCGUGUGAGAUGUUUCAAAUGUAAGAGUGGUGCAUUUACUGUGGAUGGUGAUCCGAAAAACUGGAAUGAUGUGCUCAAACCUAAAAGAAUUACUGGACAUUGUGAGAUAAAUCAGUGUACAGUAUGUAUUUAUAAAUUUUAUUUGAUUUUAUUGCUUUAUUAUUAUUUUUUAAUUGUUAAUUUUUCUAAGGAUGGAGAAGUAGGAUGGUCAGAGUUUUAUUUCAAAUGUUCUGAACAUGUUACCAAAGGUGAAAAUGAUGAAGCAGUUGCACUACAUUUAAUUAGAAAUAAUUUACAUGAUAUCCAAUGUCUAGCUUGUACUGAUGUUAGAUCAAGAGUAUUUGUGUAUCCAUGUGAUGAUGGACAUGUAACAUGCUUAGAAUGUUUUUGUGAGUAUGCAAUUAGCCGAAUUAGAGAAAGAAGAUUUGUAUUUGAUUAUAAUCUUGGUUACACAUUACCAUGCCCAGCUGGUUGCCCAAACAGUUUAAUUAACCAACCCUAUCAUUUUAAAGUGUUAAGCAAAGAUCAUUUUGAAAUGUAUGAAAGGUUUGCAACUGAAGAAUAUGUGCUUAAUAAUGGUGGUGUGUUAUGUCCUCAACCUAAUUGCGGUGCAGGUAUACUUGUUGAUGAUGAUUGUGACAAAGUAUCGUGCAUUAAAGGAUGUGGGUAUGUAUUUUGUAAGAAAUGUCUCCAAGGUUAUCAUAUUGGUGAAUGUCUACCAAAAGAAGAGCAAUUAGUGAUUGACAUUACUGGUGGUUAUUCAGUCGACCCUAAAUUAGUUUCACAGUCUAAAUGGGAUGAUGCAAGUAAAAUUAAGAUCAAAGUUUCUACAAAACCAUGUCCAAAAUGCCGUACAGCCACUGAAAGAGAUGGAGGUUGUAUGCAUAUGAUAUGUACACGAUGUUCAUUUCCGUGGUGUUGGUUGUGUCAAACAGAAUGGACAAGAGAGUGUAUGGGCAGCCACUGGUUCAGUUAAUAUAUUGUAUUUAAUUUUUAUGUAAAUGUCUUCUCAUAUUUAAUUUAUUAACAUACUUUGUGUUGUAAAAUA